GUCGCGGCGGGGCCGGGCCCGGUAGUUCCCGGAGGAUCGCGGGGGUUCCUGGGGCUUUCCCGCGAAUCCCGCCGCCCCGAUGGGGCCCGGCGGCCUCGCGGUGCUGCUGGCGGUGCUGAGCGGGCUGCGCCCGGCGGCGUCGGCUGCGGCAGCGAGCGAGGAGCGGCCCGCGAGCCCCGCGGUGGCCACGCCGUGCUGGCGAGUGGAGCAGUUCGUGGUUGCCCAGGAGUGCACGCGGUGCUCCGGCUUCGAGAUGAAAACGAUCCCGGCGUGCGGCCCCACCGGCUUCAUCGAGAAAAUCAACUGCGCCUCGUCCCACCGGGAUGAGUACAAGAGCUGCCGCUCGGCCGCGCUGGAGGCUCAGCGCUUCUGGCGCUUCGUGGGCUCCGCUCUGGGCGUGGCGGCGGCGGCGGCGGCGCUCGUGGUGCUGCGGCAGCGCGUGCUGGACCGGCGGGCGCUCGAGAAGGUCCGCAAGCAGAUCGAGUCCAUUUAGCCGGAGGGCUCGGAGCCGGGAGUUCCGCCGGCCCGGAGCGCCGGGAGGAGAGGCGGCCCCGGCUUUGCUGCCCGCACCCGGAGUCCUGCCGGGAUCUGCCUCGGGGAGCAUCCAGGGCAUCCCUCGGAGCGGGUGCAGAAUAAAUCCCCGGGUUUGUCCUUUUGGGGGGGAUCGCCGUGCCCCCCAGCACCGGGAUCUGCUCUGGGAUCGUCCUCCAGGAGAGGGAUGUGGAAUAAAUCCUGGUCAUGGUUCCUGGA